UCAUAAGCACCGACGGGCUCGCCUGAUCGCUUAAAUCUUCAUCCUACAACACAUUGCCCUAAACGUGCUAUUCUAGCAUCAUCCAUUCAGUCAAAGUACAUCUGGAGCUGUCAAUAUGUCCAACUUCGCCGCGAAUUCAAUCUUCAGCCUGGCCGGAGCCGUUGCGGUGGUCACCGGUGGAGGAACAGGCAUCGGUUUGAUGGCAGCCAAAGGACUCGCCUCACAGGGAGCCAAAGUGUACAUCACCGGUCGUCGAUUGGAGGUGUUGCAGAACUCCGCAAAAGUUCAUGGCACUAAUCUGAGUGGAGGCGGCAGCAUCGUGCCCCUCCAAGCUGACGUCACCUCCAAGGAUGACUUGCGCGCUCUCGCUGCUCAAAUCGAGAAGGCUGACGGAAAGGUGCACGUGCUGAUCAACAAUGCAGGCGUCGAAGGUCCAGUCACACGGCUUGAAGACAAAGAAGCGCUGUCUGCGAAAGACCUCAGCGAAAAGCAUCUCGCCAACGAGGAGUUCGAGAAUUGGGACUCGACCUUCAAGCUCAACAACUCGGCCGUCUUCUUUGCUACUUUCGCCUUCUUGCCUCUCCUCGAAGCAGGCAACAAGAGUCCUCCAUCCUCCGUGGGUAGCGGUGCGCCUUGGAGCGCCGCUGUGAUCAAUAUCACGUCCAUAUCGGGUCUGGUCAAGCUUUCGCAGUACCACUACGCGUACAAUGCUUCCAAAGCCGCAGCCAAUCACCUCACCGCCAUGCUUUCGCACGAGCUGAACUUCGCAUCCAAACUCAACAUCCGAGUCAAUGCGCUGGCUCCUGGCCUUUUCCCUUCUGAGAUGACAUCAGGGCGUCCUUCAAAGGACGGCUCAACCGAUCCAGGCGACCUUGCCAACCACGCAAACCCAGCUGGAAGAACGGGUACUGCCGAGGAGAUGGCGUCUGCUGUGCUCUUUCUAGCUACCAACACCUUCACCAACGGUCAGAUCCUCGCAGUGGACGGCGGCUUCGUGGCAGCGGUCCCUUCCACUCGUUGAAGUCUCAAUUGUAGCCAGCAACGAUGAAGCAGUGCUCAUUGCAUGCCAACAAUUGGGCAUUACAAUUGCAGAGCUCUCAAGCGCUUCAUAUCAAUCGUGAAUCGUGAAC